GUCAACUGUUUUUGUUUGUAGCGUAUGAUAAACCUCGCAGAGUUGACCCCUUACAUCCUGUGUUCCAUCUGCAAAGGUUACUUUAUUGAUGCUACAACUAUUACAGAGUGUCUGCACACCUUUUGUAAAAGCUGCAUAGUGAGACACUUCUACUACAGCAACAGAUGUCCAAAAUGCAAUAUAGUUGUACAUCAGACACAGCCCCUUUAUAAUAUCAGACUGGACAGGCAACUACAAGACAUAGUCUAUAAAUUAGUUGUCAAUUUGGAGGAAAGUAAAAAAAAACAAAUGCAUGACUUCUAUAAAGAAAGAGGAUUAGAAGUGCCCAAACCAGCUGUCCCACAGCCAGUUCCAGCAAGCAGAGGAAGACCUCGAAAAGUUCUGGGCUCCGUGUUCCGGAUCCCACCAGAACUUGACAUCUCAAUACUGCUCGAAUUCAUUGGCCUUUGGAAAAGAAGUUUGUGCGUGUUUCAGGGGAAGCAACGAUUGGACACGUGGAGAAAUUCCUCAGAAGGAAGAUGGAUCUGGAUCCUGCUUGUCAGAAUAGAAGUGAGGGUAGUACUGGCCCAUUACUUGCCAUUAGCACUGACAGCUUGCCCUUUUUUGCAGGUAGACAUAAUAUGUGGUGAUCACCUGCUAGAGCACUACCAGACACUGAGGGAGAUCCGGCAAGUCAUAGGAGAGAGUGCUGUACAGGAUGGCUUACUUGUGCUGCACUAUGGUCUGGUCGUAUCUCCACUCACCAUUCCUUAGAUUGCUACAGUAUCAGGACGUGGAAGAAUCCAAAGUCAUGAAGCUCCUUCACUGCUGUUUCUCACCAAAGAAUGCCAUCGUAUUUUCUGCGACAGGAAGCAAGUAAACGAAACUACCACUGACUGCUGUAUGCUUGUAACUUACAUCUGACUUUACCACUGUUUUUUGUUUUUAAAGCGUUCUGUACAUACAGCUAUCAAUUUUCACUCAGCUCAGGGACUUUAAAUGCUCAGAGUUGCUGCAUUUCUUUAAAUACUUCCUAAACCCACAAGAUCUCACAGGGUAAACAGCCUUUUUCCCUAAGCUAUGGGCUUUUGCUUACUUUCUAAGGGUCUAGACAGAACAAUAUUCUCAGGGAUGAUCUUCAGUGGGCAGUACAGUGUAUUCUGGGGUGGAAACAGUCACUGGGUGCAAAAAAGCUUAUAGUGAUCAUCUGACUUCAGAUGUGAUUCGGGAGAGGAAGGCGACUCUUUGAAUGGAGACCAAAAUAGGUAGGAAAUGAUGUAUCACAAACUUUAUUCAGUUGUUUUUCUUGAAGAAAAACAAUUUUGUUUGCACUUGAAAAAUAUUUGCUGGUAGUUUGACUUACAUCAAAUUGUGGGUCACGCAUCUCUAGUCUGAAUGGAGGUGAGCUAGCUGUAAGCUGGUUAAACUAUGCAUGGAGGGGGGAAAAAGUAGCACCUCGUUCUACCUGCUUGCUGUAUUUAAAAUAGCCUAAUUUUGCUGUCAUGUAAAAUCUGUCAAAUGACUUGACUAGCAGGAGCACAGCUUCCUUCAUUUUAGCACACAGCUUUCUAGCAGUAGUGAAAAAUGGUAGCUUUUUCCACUCUUCCCAGUAUGUGUUAGUGAAUGGUAGUGGAGAGUGGGUUUGAAGGGUUAAAUAGCAUAGUGUGUGCCUCUUACUAUCACCUUUAUGGAGGAUAGUAGGUAACAUUUUUGUUCAUUUGUUUUAACAAAUUACUAGGUUUUGUGACAGCUGUAGUAUUUCAGUUCUGUUCUGUUGAAGUUUCUCAUGGUCUCUCGUGCAGCAUUAAGAAACAGAGCUUUCUGUGCAAUGCUCUUGCUGCACGUUCUGUCUUAUGUAUGGGGAUUCAUGAAAGCUACUGUUAAGAACCAGGGUCCCUCUGUAGUCAGCAUAGUGAAGGGAAGAAGAUUCCUUAGUGAGGCUUUUUAGAGCACUUAAGUUAGCUCAAAUGUGUUUGCUUACUGUCCUAUUUGCUACAGUGCUGUCAGCAUACUAAUACUGGCAUCUCUUGUCUAAAGAAAGCUUUCAUGAAUCUUUCUUCAGGUCUUUACAAUAAGUGUUAAGUUUUGCCUGUGAAGGCAACACCACAAAAAAAAAAUUGUCUUAUUUGAAGUAAUUCUUGUGAUGCUUCUAAAAAAAAAAAAACUAACAAAGACAUGUCUAACUGUAAUUGCCUAUUUUCCUUCAAAGUUUGUACAAAAGUAGUGUUUAAAAUACAUUAGAAAAUUGAAUUAUUUUGUAAAGACUUUGUGAGUUGUGUUGAUAAGAGAUUAUAUAUUGUAAUGGUAAAAAUAAAAUUUAUUUUAGCCAA